CUUCUCCCCUCCCUGAAGCAUCCCGUAGAACAAAAAAGUGGUGUCAUUGCCGUCAUAAGCUGUUCCAGUCCCAGUCCCCAGCCCCAGGCCAACGAGGGAGAAUCCCGCAAAGCUGUAAAUCCUUUCCCACUCUUUUUAAGCUUGUCUUGCAACUCCCGAACGAGCUGGUUUUCGGGGUCGACGUCAGAGGCUCACAAGGAGGCGGUGCUUUCUUAAAAAGGCCUCUCUGAUCCCCCCCUUCGCCCUCAGCUCAAUUGACUUGCUCUCCCCUAUUGUUCUCCAUUCGUAUAUUCAGUGAAAACAGUAGAAGAAGAAUAGGAUUGGCUCGUCAAAUCCUACUGCAAUUUCCUUCCCAGCGCUGUCCUCAAUCAACCAACUAUCCAGCCAACGCCAUCAUCUAGUUCAACUCCAACAAUGGCAUCUGCCCUCGAAACCCUCAACCAGCUCGCCUCGUCCGCCGCAAAGGCCGUCUGGGGCGACAGCAACGACGCCGAAACCCACAAAGAGCCCAUCUCAGGCGCCACCGGCGACGUCUCCAAGGGCGAGCCAUACGACGCCGGCAACCUGGAUCCCCAGGCCCAGAGCAAGGUUGAAUCCAGACUCAGCGGCGAAGAAGCAGCAGAAGCUGAGCCCUCAGAGCUCGCCGACGACGAACACUAUACUCUCUCAUCCUCCAAAAAGGACAAGGACAACUUGUCCGCCGCUGCCACCACCACCACCACCAACGACGGCCUGCAUGAGCCCAGAGGCACCCCGACAACCGGCGUCAACCCCGAGGAGGGCAAACCUCUCGACGAACUCACCGGCAAAGGCCCCCGACCAAUCGAAAUAGUGGCAAAGGAAAACGGCGGUAAUGCUGCUGCUGCCACCGAAGAUUCUUCGACCUCAGGCUCUGCUGCACCAGAGGAAAAGAAGCCCGAGACAGCAGAUGCCCAGCAAAACACCACCACCACCGCCACCACCAAUGAUAGCAGUAGCAAGAAAGAGGCCACAGACGAAGAAUACGUCAAAUCAUCGGGCCUUGCAGCCGAUGGAGGCGAUUUCGACGCUGCCAAACCCGGCGCCGGUCUAGAAGCUGAUCGCCUAAUGGAGCAAAAGGGCAUCAAGACAGAUGAUGUCGACAACACCGAGCACAAGGACCAAAACAGCAGCAGCAACAGCAGCACCGGCCGCAAGAGCUCCGACUCGAGCCGCAGGGAUAAGCCCAAGCUGAAGGAGCGAAUCAAGAACAAGUUGCACAUGCAUGGAAGCAACUAAAAAAAGUCUUUUCUUCUUCUUCUUCUAGUCUGGAUAUUUCUUCUUUUCUUUUCCCGGUUUUGUUUCUCAAGUGUGUAUUUAUGGAGUAGUCGUGUUAAUACCAUCUUUUUGCCUUAAUGUAAACAUAUGAAAUGUUGUCCAACUGCGUUGCGUUAUACAUGCUUCAUCUGAAAACUGUCCCCGAGACCAA